CUCAACUGGGUCAUGCGCAAAUUGCAUAGGGACUUUGAGGAUCUUGGUUAGUACUUCUCCUCUUUUGCCCACUGGGUAUCAGAUGCCUAUCCGAUACUGACGAACGCCCCUUCCAGUCGUCUUCCCCCUCAGCCCGGGCAUGGUCGGCACGGACAUGGCGUUGGCGCACAUCGAGCAGGAGCCGUACUUGCGCACCGUUCCGAUGGUCGACGCUGAGGAGAACGCGAAGGGCAUGCUGGCGCAGAUCGACCAGGCGACGCGGGAGACACAUGGCGGGAAGUUCGUGGACUAUAGAGGCGUAGGCAACUGGGAGUGGUGAAGGCACGAAUAGCAGGGAGAACGUACUAUGUCGGCAUGUUUGUAAAUGCGAGUCCCCGAGUUUUCUUCCUUCAGUUCCAGAGCGCACUCGAUCUUCACCGCAGCGCCUCCUGCUCGGAUGUGCGAAUUAUAGACCCUGUCGUUGGCACCAUAGUCGAACCCACACGCAUCGCGCUUUCCCGCCCUCCUAUGUUGCUGCACAAUUAGGCUGCGGCGUUUACGUGCGUGUCAUUUUUGACAGCGCGUUUCUCCCACGAAAGACCAAUGAGAGCACGAGCAGAUGAUCGCGGAGCAUAGGAACAACAAUUGAAUUAGUAUUUCAGUGCUUACUGCUCUUCAAUUCCUUCAUCCCCUGCCCUUCCCCCGCAUCUCUCCGCCUCUGCAGAGUCUGC